AUGACAUUCUCAAUGUUUGUUACCAACAUGGACCACUUCAACUCAACUGUCCUUAACGGGAAUCUUGUCUCAACGCGGAGGGGACUCCAGGUCUCCAAGACGAAACACCAGGGGAUACAGUUCAUCAACACCUCCGCGGCCUCGGACGACACCUCGAGCCAGGACGAACCCGGCAACCCGGACAAUACUCGCCCGCCGGGGCAGCGAUUCAAGUUCUCAAACAAACCGAAAGAGCCGCGGAGGAGCGUUUCAAGACGUAGCAAGGGUUCUCAAAGUUCACAGGACGACGAGAAGCAUCGCGAACGAAAAGGAAGAGCAACAAAAAGAACCCAGGAACCCGUCUUUGUCUGGGAGUCCCCCAAACAAGACAGCGCUCGGGAUGACGUCUUUCAAGUACCAAGGUUCGACGAGGUAUCUCGGAUACCCAGGAGCCCCAAUUCAUGGCUUUGUCCCUGGAUGGGAAACCUUUCCGAGAACGAGAAGCGUCUCGUCCACCUCUAUCUCAAAUUCGCACCAACGAAGAUGUAUCCCUUCGAGCAGAUUCUCGAGUACAACCCCGUUCGCAGUUCGUCAUUCAUCGAGAGGAUCAAGUCCAGUGAGACCAGUCUCAGUUGCAUCAUCAUGACGGCCUGUUACGCCGAGAUAUUCUUGCACGGAGAGUGGACGUCUCCCGAACUCCUGUAUCACGUCUCCAAGGUCUGCAGCUUAGUCAACGACCGACUCUCAGACCAUACAAUGACCGAUGUCAAGGGAGCUGCGCAUCUGGGUCUGAUGCCGUAUCUCGACUAUCCAAGGUUCUUCGAAGCUCCAACAGAUGCGUUGCCAUAUCAAAUUCGCACCAAAAUUGUCGAAGACGUUUCCAUCACCCUCUCACCGUGCGGCCUCGAAUCCUGCAUCAUAGACGCCAUAGUUUCCACGUCCCUCUUCGCCGCGGUACUACGACUGGCUUUCGCCAACCCAGGCCGGGAGCUGCUGCUCCAUCCUGAUGGAUUCAUAGAAGAGUGGCUGUGGUGCGAAUACCAACUCGUGCGGUAUCCGGGGCCGCUGCGGUCCGACUGCGUAAACGCUACACUGGACGAGGUGGACGAGCUCAUCAUCGCCGCAGACCUCGGGAGUUCAGAAGCGGUCGCUGCCGCCAUGGUGCGGAGCUUACACACGAUGAGACCUGUCCCCGCGCCCGCGGCGAACCUCUUGGAACCGGUACUCCGCGCGGCUGCCAUCGUCUACCUGGAGAUCCUGGUGCCCGAUGAGCCGCGCAAUCCGAUGGUCCACGCUGUGCCCCUGAACCUCCUCUCAGCCUCAGUGCACAACGUCGUGCAGAAACUGCAAAAGCGAGAGGCGCGAGAGGGGCGGCUGUGGGGAGGGGAUGACAAAGAUGAAGGCGACGACGACCUGCCAUCCAUGGAGGCUCUCAGGCCGGUCAUGAUUUGGGCUUGUCUCGUGGGGUCAGUGAUAUCGAAGCUCUGCGAAAUGGACCUGGUCUUGAUGGGCAUCGUGUUCGACCGCGGAUACUAUGGGCAGUGUCUCUCAUUGGUCAUCGGUCCUGAGCCGGAGCACGUCGACCUUCUUCAUGAUGAGGAUCUCGCUCUCUGCAAAGUACUCGAUGUGAGGGGUUUGCGUAUCAAGCAGCAAGACGAGCGGGCUCUCCUGAAAGCUUUGCUUAGAGAGCAUGUGUACGGAGUGCCCCUGUUAGAUCUGGCAUACGUCUGA